AUGGCAGAGCCAACGAAACAGGAAACAGAGCAAAUAUUCAAGGUUCUUAGAGCGCAGAAAGGCAACAAGACUUGCUUUGACUGCAAUGCGCGUAACCCGACAUGGUCCAGCGUUACCUUUGCCGUAUAUAUCUGUUUAGAUUGCUCCAGCAACCACAGAAAUAUGGGCGUACAUAUUUCGUUCGUUCGGUCGACGAACCUCGAUUCGAACAUGAAAGUAGGAGGGAAUGCCUUCGCGACAGAAUUCUUUACAAAGCAUGGCGGCGCGUCCCUCUUGAACGACGCUGAUAGUAAGAAAAAGUACUCGAGUCGCGUCGCAGAGCUGUAUAAAGAGGAGCUGGCAAAACGGGUCAAGGACGAUGUUGCUAGAUUUCCGAAUGGAAUCGUCGUUGAUGGUGUCGAAAAUGCUUCCACUUCCACGCCGAAAGAGCAGACAGAGGACGAUUUUUUCGAAUCGUGGUCGAAGCCUUCAACGCCCAAGCCAUCCGCGCCGACUACACCCAGAGUGUCCACGCCACCUAUAAUCGGCCGUACGCCUUCCCCUGCACAACCAACAUCAACGGCUAGUUCAUCUGCUCCCCGAACCAUCACGUCAUCUGCUGCCAGUCGCACCAACAAAUUAGGUAGUUCUCGACUCAACUCUGCGUCGUCCACGUCCUCUACAUCAUCUGCUGCGAAGAAAUCGAAACUUGGACUUGGAGCUUCCAAGGCGAAGCCGGUCGACUUUGCUGAAGCCGAGCGGAAGGCCCUCGAAGAGGCGGAAAGAAUCAAGCAACUUGGUUAUGACCGACAGCGAGAAGAGGAAGAAGAAAAGGCCAGGAAAGAAGCUGCCGCUGCCAAAAGUGCCUUGGAGAUAGGUCCCAAGAAGGGGACUAGCUCCACCACCGCUACAGCGAAGAAGCCCAACCCUAUGGCAGAAGCGCAGAAGGCUGCAGCUUUCCCAAGACUUGGUUUUGGUGCUGUGCCUGGUACAGGCGCUGCGAGUCUCGCCGCUGCUACUGACUCCUCACGAACCAGUACCGCUUCGCUUUCUGAUGAUUCUCCUACCACUGCUCGUGAUAAAUUUGGGAAUCAAAAAGCAAUUUCUUCUGAUAUGUUUUUCGGGCGGAACGCGUAUGAUCCCGCGGCCGUCAGCGAAGCACAGACACGGUUGCAAUCUUUCCAAGGUGCGACGUCGAUAUCGUCGAAUCAGUACUUUGGCCGUGAAGAAGAAGAGGAUAUGGGCAUGGGUCGAAGGGGCGAUGAUGGGCUACUCGGAGACGGUAGCCUGGCAGGCCUGGAGGUCGCUGCACGGGACGCCCUCAGCCGCGUUCUAGCAAAUCCUGACGUGCAAAAUGUUGGUGAGAGCAUCCGAACGGGCGCUUUGAAGCUGUCUGAUUACCUAGCUCAAAUGUCUGAGAGAGGCUGA